AUAGAGAAGAGCAACAAACCUGGAGAUGAAGAUGAAAAACAAAAGGGACUUCCUACCACAGCAGGUAUACUGUCUUGCCUUCUUUACUGUUAUCAUUCAGCUAUGUUUAGGAGAUAUUAGCUACUCUGUUCUGGAGGAAAUGAAGCGCGGAUUCGUGAUCGGAAAGCUUACAGAGGAUCUGGGACUCAAUGUUGAAGCUUUGAGAGCUCGGAGAGCCCGCAUUGAUUUUCAAGAGAGUAGACGGUAUUGCGAUAUCAAACUGGAAACCGGCGAACUGAUUGUGAAUGAAAGGAUAGACAGGGAGCAACUUUGCGGGCAAAGGCCUUCGUGUGCUCUGAAUUUUGAGCUGUUUCUUGAAAAUCCUUUCGAAUUGCAUCGUAUAAUACUGGAAAUUCAAGACAUUAACGAUAACUCACCCGUUUUUCCCAGAGAUGUUUUAAAACGGGAGAUAAGAGAAUCUGCAGACAGAGGAGCUCGCUUCUCGGUUGAUGAGGCCCACGAUUCAGAUAUAGGAAUCAAUUCGGUGAAGAGCUACGCGCUGGCCGCAAAUGACCAUUUUGUGUUGGCUGUACACACGAGCGCGGACAGGGGUAAAUACUGUGAGAUAGUUUUAGAAAACGAACUGGAUCGUGAAAAGCAGGCAGAGGUUUCCUUAACCCUGACUGCAUAUGAUGGAGGCACACCACAGCGCUCUGGUACUGCAGUUAUCCAAGUCACCGUGCUAGACGCCAAUGACAAUGUGCCCGUGUUUACACAGGCCGUCUAUAAAGUCAGUCUGGAUGAAAACGCUCCGUUGGAUACAGUUGUAGUCCAGGUAACUGCGAACGAUAAAGACGAGGGCCCAUAUGGUGAAGUAACAUAUGAAUUUACUCACGUACCAGACAAAGCUAAAAAUUCCUUCGCUAUUGAUAACAUAAAAGGAGAAAUUAAAGUGACAGGACCUAUAGAUUUUGAAGAGGCCCCAUUCUUUGAAUUUCGCAUUAGAGCAGAAGAUGGAGCUGGACAGGCAGCACAUUGCAAAGUGCUUGUUCACAUUACUGACAUAAAUGACAACGCACCAGCAGUAUUGAUUAAAUCUCUGAACACUCCUAUUCCCGAGAACUCUCCAUCCGGCACGGAAGUAGCUAUCAUAAAUAUACAAGACAAAGACUCUGGCACCAAUAGUAAAGUUAGUUGCUCCAUUCAGGAAAACGCACCAUUCAGAUUAAAACCCUCUAUCAAAAAUUAUUACUCCUUGGUAACUGAAGGCAUACUAGAUCGUGAAGACGUUUCAGAAUACAACAUUACAAUUACCGUUACAGACGAGGGUAUCCCUCCACUUUCCUCUUCAAAAACCUUACAGUUACGUAUUUCAGAUACAAAUGACAAUGCGCCGAUUUUUAGUCAACAAUCGUACAGUACGUUUGUGACUGAAAAUAACACUCCAGGAAUAUCCAUAUGUUCUAUUAUUGCAAGUGACCCCGACUGGCUACAGAAUGGCACUGUUUCAUACUCCUUGAUGUCUGAAGACAUAAAUGGGGCGCCUGUAGCAUCAAUUUUAUCUAUUAAUAGAGACAAUGGUGUGAUACACGCUGUCAAACCAUUUGACUACGAGAAGCUGAGAAACUUCAAAGUACACGUUGUUGCCAAAGACAGUGGUUCUCCACAGCUAAGCAGCAAUGUGACUGUGAGUGUUUUUGUAACGGAUCAAAACGAUAAUUCUCCUCAGAUAUUGUACCCUGUUCAGUCGGGGAGCUCUUUCAUGACUGAGGUUGUCCCCAAAGCAGCCCGCGCGGGCUCUCUGGUUUCCAAGGUGAUCGCUGUCGAUGCAGAUUCUGGACAAAACGCCUGGCUGUCAUAUCAGAUAGUGAAAUCGACGGAUCCGGGACUUUUCACUAUUGGUCUCCACAAUGGAGAAAUCAGGGCAAAGCGAGAUAUUUCUGAUUCUGACGCAAUGAAGCAAAACCUCGUCAUCCUGGUGAAGGACAAUGGACAACCCUCUCAUUCGACAACAUGUUCUGUUUAUUUAUUAAUUUCAGAUAAUUUGGCUGAUGUGCCAGAACUGAAAGAUAUAUCCACUCGGGAGAACAAUACGCACUUGACAGUAAUUUUGAUUAUUUCAUUGGCUGCAGUUUCAUUCUUUUUCCUCACUUUUAUUGUAGUAAUCAUUGCAGUCAGAUUUUGUCAAAGGGGAAAACGCAGGUUGUUGCUGGACGGUGCAGUUGCUAUCCCCAGCGCAUAUUUCCCAACCAGCUAUGCAGACGUUGUGGGGACGGGAACGCUGCGUCAUUCAUACAACUAUGACGCUUUCUUAACAACCGGCUCCAGCACAAGCGACUUCAAGUUCGUCAGAUCAUACAAUGAGAACACGUUGCCUGCAGAUUGUAAAAUAAAUAAAAAUGGAUCCCCUGAGCUGGAUGUGCAGAAUGGAACUGAAGAGUCAUUACAGUCUGAAGACCGCAAAAGCGACGAAUCGUGCCGAAAAUCCGAAAAGGAAUACAAUAGAAAAAGGAGAGUCGACAAGGAGUAGGGAUGGAAUAUAAAGUCUUCGGUUCCUGUCAGCUGUUCAGUCUAGCCCUGACGGAGGUAAAUACGGCGAAAUCGUAUUGGAGACUGAAUUGGAUCGAGAAAAGCAGCACGAACUGUCUUUGUUGCUGACUGCUGUAGACGGAGGCCGUCUAUAAAGUCAGUCUCACCGAAAAUUCACCAGAAGACACAUUUGUUGUGAGAGUUAGUGCCACGGAUAAAGACGAG